UCCUUCGUCAUCCUCGUCCAACCCGCCGACGGUCAUCACAUCGGUGCCGACGAACGUCGUCAAGUCUACAAACAACCUAAUCGGUUAGCUGGACAAAUAAUCGCUCGAGCUGGCCGGUUGAGUCGGUGGUUUUGCAUCCACGCCGGCAGCCAUGACCGUAACAAGUAUCGCCACGAGCAGUGCCUCGAGGAGCCAGAGUAGAAGGUUUCCGGCGGAAGUAGCAGAUCGGCCAAAAGCAGCUCGAGCUCGAGUGGCGGAGGUGGAGUCAGCAUCACGACAACGACCAACAACAGAAGUGGUCCGGCUGUACCACUUGGAGCCACGACUAGGGGAAUUAGCAGCAGCACCAGUUCCGGGCACGAUAAUCUGUUCAACCAGCGACCUUGAAUACGCCUUGCAACCAAAAUGUCCUGCAGCGGAUCGUGCAACGGUUCAUGAUAGACUCGCCCGAGACCCCGCCGAAUAUGCCACCGCUCAGCUACUCGGCCACCUAUCCGGACGGACCGUCGUCGCCACCGCUCAGGGACGCCGAACUAGUCGAUCUGUCGGGAAUCUUCUGCGAGGUCAUGCACGAAAUCCGGUUGGACCUACUGCCCACGCCCGAGUUUGUCCAGAUGCAACAGCACAUGUUCAAUACCAUUCAGCACAAGGCUGCAGCGCACGACAUGGAGAACGGCUCGGACGAGCAUCUGCAGAUGUUCAACAAGACUUCGAGAACGCAACCAUGUCGGAGUGCGUCGGCGGAAUCUACCCUAUCUGAAAAAGUCGCUCGAGACGUUCAAACCGAAGAAAGCUUGUUGGUGGCGGCGGACAGCUCACGGGUAACCAUCUACAACUACGAGUCAACGGCUGCACCGACAUCCCGAUUGCCUUACAGGAAAUGGCGGCCAGGACAUUGACGCCUACGCGAACCUAAUCGGCAUGAACCCCCUUUUGCUAGACGCGCUGGGCCGGCAACCAGAACCAGCUGGUGACGUUCGGUAUGUUGUCACCAAUCGAGGACGACGCGGUUGGUAACCUACACUCAAUAUCAGGAUAACCCUUAAAAGGGUACUUUCUAUCCUUUUUUCAACUUUGCCCGUCGUCACCCUUUUGAAAGGGUACGUGGGAGAAACCCUUCAAAAGGGUACUGGCCCAGUACCCUUUAAAAGGAUACUUGCAACAAAGCGGUGGGCUCACUAGCGACAUCUAUGAGUCAAUUUUGUUUCGUUGAAAUAGUGGUGCCAUCUAUUGUAAUUUUUCAUAAGUUCAUUUAACAAAUAGAUGUUGUUUAAAAUAAGUUUUUUAUUGUUAUACAUCAAUAAAUAUUUACAUUUCAAUAUUAAAAAUAACCCUUGCACAUCAACGUGUUCGAUUUGAACCACGCAGUCAAUCGCGAUUUAAUCACCUCCCCCAGGGACGAGCUGCAACUCGGACGUCGUCCAUUUCGACGGGAAUUCCGCACAGCUCCGUUUCCACCGUGAGCAACCCCACUCCCUUGUGGACCACCGAUCAGUGAGGUACUCC